AUGGGCGGGUGGGUGGAAGCAUGGGCGGGUGGAAGAAUGGGUGGGUGGAAGCAUGGGCAGGUGGAAGCAUGGGAGGGUGGAAGCAUGGGCGGGUGGAAGCAUGGGCGGGUGGGUGGAAGCAUGGGCGGGUGGAAGCAUGGGCGGGUGGAAGCAUGGGCGGGUGGGUGGAAGCAUGGGCGGGUGGAAGCAUGGGCGGGUGGAAGCAUGGGCGGGUGGAAGCAUGGGCGGGUGGGUGGAAGCUUGGGCGGGUGGAAGCAUGGGUGGGUGGAAGCAUGGGCGGGUGGAAGCAUGGGCGGGUGGAAGCAUGGGCGGGUGGAAGCAUGGGCGGGUGGAAGCAUGGGCGGGUGGAAGCAUGGGAGGGUGGAAGCAUGGGCGGGUGGAAGCAUGGGCGGGUGGAAGCAUGGGCGGUUGGAAGCAUGGGCGGGUGGAAGCAUGGGCGGGUGGAAGCAUGGGCGGGCGGAAGCAUGGGCGGGUGGGUGGAACCAUGGGCGGGUGGAAUCAUGGGCGGGUGGAAGCAUGGGCGGGUGGAAGCAUGGGCGGGUGGAAGCAUGGGCGGGUGGAAGCAUGGGCGGGUGGAAGCAUGGGCAGGUGGAAGCAUGGGCGGGUGGAAGCAUGGGCGUGUGGAAGCAUGGGCGGGUGGAAGCAUGGGCGGGUGGAAGCAUGGGCGGGUGGAAGCAUGGGCGGGUGGAAGCAUGGGCGGGUGGAAGCAUGGGCGGGUGGAAGCAUGGGCGGGUGGAAGCAUGGGCGGGUGGGUGGAAGCAUGGGCGGGUGGAAGCAUGGGCGGGUGGAAGCAUGGGCGGGUGGGUGGAAGCGUGGGCGGGUGGAAGCAUGGGCGGGUGGAAGCAUGGGCGGGUGGAAGCAUGGGCGGGUGGAAGCAUAGGCGGGUGGGUGGAAGCAUGGGCAGGUGGAAGCAUGGGCGGGUGGAAGCAUGGGCGGGUGGAAGCAUGGGCGGAUGGAAGCAUGGGCGGGUGGGUGGAAGCAUGGGCAGGUGGAAGCAUGGGCGGCUGGAAGCAUGGGCGGGUGGGUGGAAGCAUGGGCAGGUGGAAGCAUGGGCGGGUGGAAGCAUGGGCAGGUGGGUGGAAGCAUGGGCAGGUUGAAGCAUGGGCGGGUGGAAGCGUGGGCGGGUGGGUGGAAGCAUGGGCAGGUGGAAGCAUGGGCGGGUGGAAGCAUGGGCGGGUGGAAGCAUGGGCGGGUGCAAGCAUGGGCGGGUGGAAGCAUGGGCGGGUGGGUGGAAGCAUGGGCGGGUGGAAGCAUGGGCGGGUGGAAGCAUGGGCGGGUGGAAGCAUGGGCGGGUGGGUGGAAGCAUGGGCAGGUGGAAGCAUGGGCGGGUGGAAGCAUGGACAGGUGGAAGCCUGGGCGGGUGGAAGCAUGGGCGGGUGGAAGCAUGGGCAGGUGGAAGCAUGGGCAGGUGGAAGCAUGGGCGGGUGGAAGCAUGGGCGGGUGGAAGCAUGGGCGGGUGGAAGCAUGGGCGGGUGGAAGCAUGGGCGGGUGGGUGGAAGCAUGGGCGGGUGGAAGCAUGGGCGGGUGGAAGCAUGGGCGGGUGGAAGCAUGGGCGGGUGGAAGCAUGGGCGGGUGGAAGCAUGGGCGGGUGCAAGCAUGGGCGGGUGGAAGCAUGGGCGGGUGGGUGGAAGCAUGGGCGGGUGGAAGCAUGGGCGGGUGGAAGCAUGGGCGGGUGGAAGCAUGGGCGGGUGGGUGCAAGCAAGGGCAGGUGGAAGCAUGGGCGGGUGGAAGCAUGGGCGGGUGGAAGCAUGGGCGGGUGGAAGCAUGGGCGGGUGGAAGCAUGGGCGGGUGGAAGCAUGGGCGGGUGGAAGCAUGGGCGCGUGGAAGCAUGGGCGGGUGGGUGGAAGUAUGGGCGGGUGGAAGCAUGGGCGGGUGGAAGCAUGGGCGGGUGGAAGCAUGGGCGGGUGGAAGCAUGGGUGGGUGGAAGCAUGGGCGGGUGGAAGCAUGGGUGGGUGGAAGCAUGGGCGGGUGGAAGCAUGGGCGGGUGGAAGCAUGGGCGGGUGGAAGCAUGGGCGGGUGGAAGCAUGGGCGGGUGGAAGCAUGGGCGGGUGGGUGGAAGCAUGGGCGGGUGGAAGCAUGGGCAGGUGGAGGCAUGGGCGGGUGGGUGGAAGCAUGGGCGGGUGGAAGCAUGGGCGGGUGGAGGCAAGGGCGGGUGGAAGCAUGGGCGGGUGGAAGCAUGGGCGGGUGGAAGCAUGGGCGGGUGGAAGCAUGGGCGGUUGGAAGCAUGGGCGGGUGGAAGCAUGGGAGGGUGGGAGGAAGCAUGGGUGGGUGGAACCAUGGGCGGGUGGAAGCAUGGGCGGGUUUAAGCAUGGGCGGGUGGGUGGAAGCAUGGGCAGGUGGAAGCAUGGGCGGGUGGAAGCAUAG